AUCAUUAAUAAUGACUGCAGCGGGAUCUGAUUAGCAGCACUUAAAUCAGGAUUAGUGUUCUUAAUUCUUUCUUAAACUUAAACACUCAAUAAAUACCAUAUGAAUACGGACAAACCGUAGUUCGAUUAGGUUUUUUUUUACCACAAAAUUUUACCCCCAAAAGUAGUUCUAGGGUUUACGUAAUUCCAUUUCCGAUUCAGCCUCCAUUUAAAUGUGCUUUUGAUUUCUCUAUGUUUUGACAGAAUACAUUUCACCGGCGUUUCUGAAAUCUUCGAGAGGAAGAUUGCUGUUUCUCGAGGGAGGGAGGGAGUUAGAUUGAGAGAGUAGUUUCUUUUAGUGGACCAUCCAUGGCGAAAACAAGACCUGGGAAGAGAGAUGCGGAUUCCUACACAAUUAGAGGCACCAACAAAAUCGUGAAAGCUGGAGAUUGUGUCUUGAUGCGGCCAUCAGAGAGUAACACUGCGCCUUAUGUGGCACGGGUGGAGAAGAUCGAGGCUGAUAACCGUAACAAUAUGAAAGUGCGGGUGAGGUGGUACUACCGGCCAGAGGAAGCCGUUGGGGGAAGAAGACAGUUCCAUGGAGCCAAGGAGUUGUUCUUGUCAGAUCACCAUGACAUGCAGAGUGCUCACACAAUUGAGGGAAAAUGCGUUGUUCACACUUUCAAGAACUAUACUAAGCUGGAGAAUGUUGGUCCUGAGGAUUACUAUUGCCGCUUUGAAUAUAAGCCUUCGACUGGAGCUUUUCUGCCAGACCGUGUGGCAGUGUAUUGCAAAUGUGAGAUGCCCUACAAUCCUGAUGACCUGAUGAUACAAUGCGAUGAAUGCAAAGACUGGUACCAUCCUGCUUGUGUAGACUUGACAGUGGAAGAGGCAAAGCAAUUGGAUCACUUUAUUUGCUCCGAACAUGGAUCUGACGAAGACGCAAAAAAGCCCCAACAAAACUCACUUACAAAUGGCAAAGCAGAGACUAAGCGCCAGAGGAAGUAAGACCACUAUGCAUUCUGCUGAUCUCUUAAACAUUGUUGUAUAGGUCGAGGUCGAGAACUCUCCCCCUGCUUUGGUUUGUGGUUAUCUGUAAAUAAUGACCUAGCAGAGCAUAUACUAUGCAACUAUGUAGGUCAUGCUUCCUAAACAGGUUAAUCUGUGUAAAUUGUAGACUUGCUCUGCAAGACUUUUUAUAUGCUGCAAUCUAAUUUAGUUGCUAGUGUA